CAACCACAGACGCCGCGCUCCUCGACCCGACGAUCCUACCCCAACCUCCACAACCUCUCCCUCGCCCCACUGAGCUCCAAAUACCCUCUCGACGCCUCGCAGCCUCCGUCCCCCUCGGGCGAGGACUCCCACCACGCCGUCUCCACGCCCCUCACAUCCUACAUAGCGCAGAAGUCGGCCCCGACCACCCCCGGAAUCCUCUCCCUCUCCCAGUCCCGCAGCAAUUCGCGGGGUCCCCGCCGCGCGAACCACCACGGCCACUCCAGACCGUACGCCUACGACGGCUACUUCGCCCAUGCCGGUGCUACCAACCCAGCGGGCGACUACUCCGUCCGGGAAGUGGGCGACAUCCCGAAAGCCAAGAGCACGAGCGCGAUGAUCCCCCCGCCAGGGACACGCCCAGGCACAGCAGGCACAGCAGGCGUCAGUUUCGCCGCCGACGACAUGUACCUGGAGGGCGGAGCCGUGCGACGAAGCACCACCCACCAUCGACGGAAGGGCACCGCGCCGAUCUACCCCCUCCGCGUGCCCAUGACCCCGACGAAGCACCACACGAGCGAGUCGCACGAGGAGUGGAUCCACCGCGCGGGGCUCGCGAUCGCGGGCGAGACGCGCGAGAGCAAAGGGCAGAGCUGGCUUGUGAGGAGGGAGAGCUCGACGAGCCUCGUUGGUCAGACGGACGAGUACGAGGAGCAUCCUAGUCAUGAUCCGAGGCAUAUUGCGCUGCUCUCUGGGGAGCAUUUCAUCGGGGGCGGCGCGGGGGAUGAGCAUGGGUUCUUCACGCCGAGGUUGGUGGGUUCGAGGGCUGGGAGCAGGCUGCAGAGUAGGGUUGGGAGUCGGGUUGGGAGUAGGGUUCCUAGCGCGAGGAAUAGCAGGAGGGGGAGCAGGGUCGAUCUGAUGAUGUCUGCACCUGUCGGCGUUGGUGGUGCGAGGACGCCUAGUGCUCGGCAUAGUCUGGAGAUGGAGAGGGAGUUGGAGGACGGCAUGGUGGAGCCGGAUUUCGUGGACGAGGUGGAGAGCGACGGUGACGAGGAGGAAAUCGCGAGACUGGCUAGGGAACGGGGUUUCGGGCUGGGCAGCUGGAUGGACAGGCUUAUCGGGUGGACACUGUUCAGCGUCGACGAGGAUGGCGAGGAAUCGGACGAAGAAGACGACGAUGACGAUUACGUCGAGCAAGACACUUUCCGCCCUGAGAACAUGACCAAAGAGGAACUCCAACUUAGACGCGAAGUAGAAGCCAAGAGACGAAAGCUCGAACGCGAGGCCAUCAUCGCCGCCGCAGCAGUGAGGUCGACGGCCGACGGAGGGAAGUCAGACGAGGAAGACAUUGCAAAGUUGCAGCGUUCGAACGAGGAGCCCGGGGGCUGGCAAGAUGCUGCGUGGUUAUUUAGCGUUGCAUCAAAGGUCAUUUUGUAG